GGGGCGGGGGAAAGAGUGAGGUCCCUGCUCCUGGGCUGGCCAGCUGUGGUACCUUACUGGGGGCCCCCAAACUGGGUAAGGACAUGAGAUGUGGUACAGGCCUUUAACCCCACUCGGGAGGCUGAGGCAGAAUGAUCAUCAGGACUUUGUGUCACACACAGCUGUGUAGUCCAAGGUCUACCUGAACUACAGGGCAAGACCCUGUCUCUAAAAAAGUGGGUGAGGGUUCUGGGGGAUUCCAGCAAUUUGAGGCCUGCUACUGUUCCCCAAGGCUACUGAUCCUUUGUAGGCCUAGGGGCCUGUGCUUCUGCCCUCCAGGGCUGUUUACCAUCCCAGGGGACAGCCCCUCAAGGACAGUUUUGUGACCAGUACAGUCAGGCUGGGCUCUAUCUAGUGAGAGCAAAGAUAUGUGGCCCUGCUGAAACAGAAAGCCUUUUGAGAAGGCCACCUCCCACCUGCCCAGGCCCCUCGUGGGGCACUGGGCCUUGUCCCCAAGGACACCUCCAGAGUAGAUAGGGGCCUCCUUCCCCCAAACAUUCCAACCUGGACAUAAAAGCCAGAGUCAGGACCCCAAGCCCCCUGCACAUCCAUCAUGCAGGGGCCACUUCUGAUGCUGCUGGUGCUGGGGACUGUGUUGGGCGCCAAGACAACUGGAGAAGAGCCAGCUGCUGGCACUGGGGGCCUCAUCUUUCCAGAAGACUGGGUCUGGCCACCUGGCAGCCUGAGAAGACCCUUGUGCCUGGUGACAUUGAGCAGUUCCAGCAACAGGAGUAGGGGUCCCCUGCAGGUGGUGGGGGGCCUGAGUAGCUACGAGCAGGCCUUCCUGGAGGCUGUACAGGACACCCUUUGGGGACCCCACGACCUGGCCACCUUUGGCAUCUGCAGCCCUGGCCCCACACAGGCAGCUCUGGCGGCUCUGCAGCGCCUGGGCGCUUGGCUGCAGGAGCCUGAGAGGCACCAACUGCUGGUCCUGCGCCUGGUGGAAGUGAUGUGGAGUUCGACACCCUCGCUGAGGUUCCAAGAACCCCCACCCGGAGCAGCCAGCCCCCCAGAGCAGGCAGUGAUGGUGCUGUACCCUGGGCCUGGCCCUGAAGUCACUGUCACUGGGGCUGGGCUAACAGCUGCCCAGAGCCUCUGCCGCACCCCAGACACCCGCUAUCUGGUACUGGUUGUGGACCACCCGGAGAGGGCCUGGCUCAGUGCAGGGCUUGCCCUGACCUUACAGCCUCGAGACGGUGUCACCCUGAGCACCAGCCAGCUGCAGACCCUGCUGUUUGGGCCCAAUUCCCACUUCUUCACGCAGAUGACCCCUGCCCUCCUCCUCCUGCCACCAUCCAAACCUGCACCCCUGCCCGUGCGUGGCCAGCUGGACACCGUGCCCUUCCCACUGCCCAGGCCUUCCCUGGAGCCCGAGGCACUGCCGCCCAGCCGGGAUCCCUUCCUGGAGACACUCACGCGCCUGGUGCUCGCAUUGCGGGGGCCACCUGCCCCGGAUUCUCCAACGCGCCUGGCCCUGGAUCCGGGCGCGCUGGCCAGUUUCCCGCAGGGCCUGGUCAACCUGUCUGACCCUGCGGCGCUGGAACGUUUACUAGACGUUGACGAGCCUUUCCUGCUACUGACGCCACCCGCCGCAGCCAGUGCAGGGCACGGGAUGCCGCUGCAGGACCCCACCUCUGCGCCCUGGACCACAGGCUUGGCGCACCGCGUGGCUGUCGAGCUGCAGGCCGCAGCCGCUGAAUUACGUGGCCUCCCGGGGCUACCUCCUGCGGUGCCCCAGCUGCUUGCACGUCUGCUAGCGCUGUGCCCCAGUAACCCAAGAGACCCUAGCAGCCCGCCAGGGGACCCACUUCGCUCCCUGUUGCUUCUCAAGGCGCUGCAGAGCCUGCGCAGGGAGUGGCGUGGGCGGGACGGGCGCGGGACCGCUCGGGCACAGCGCAGUGCCUCGGCUGAGGGGCCGUGCGCACUGCGCGAGCUCAGCGUGGACCUGCGCGCUGAGCACUCCGUGCUUAUCCCCGAGACCUACCAGGCCAACAACUGCCAGGGCGCGUGCGGCUGGCCACAAUCCGACCGCAACCCGCACUAUGGCAACCACGUGGUGCUGCUAUUGAAGAUGCAGGCCCGCGGGGCAGUCCUGGCGCGCGCGCCCUGCUGUGUGCCCACCGCCUACGCGGCCAAGCUCCUCAUCAGCCUGUCUGGGGAACGCAUCAGUGCGCACCACGUGCCCAACAUGGUGGCCACCGAGUGUGGCUGCCGGUGACCUUCCCCAGCCCAAGGAGCCCUCCUAGUAUUU